AUGGUCGGAAUAGCUUUCAUUGAGAAACUCCUCAAUCUCGACGAGAGCAACAAGUACUUCAUCGUGACUUGCGGAGAGGAGGUACACUUCGCUUACAAUCGAGUUGGAUUAACAGAGUAUUUCGAGCAUCGCAACGUGUCAAACCUCUACCUAAACCCGCCUUCCUGGUACGCCGAACAACAACCAGACCGAUUCCGCUACCAUCUCUCUGAAACCGUCACAUCCAUAUCCCAGGAAGCUCACCUUGUUCAUACGAGCAAGGGUAGAUCAUUCCGAUACGAUAAGCUUGUCCUAGCCACCGGUUCCGGUGCUGGUCUUCCGCCAUACAUAUCUCAAAACGAAGUUGCUAGAACUCGAGGAGUCUUUGUGUACCGCAACAUCUCGGACCUCGACGGCAUCAUCUCAUACGCGGCGAAAGAAGGAGUUAACCAUGCCGUAGUGGUUGGUGGCGGGUUGCUUGGGUUGGAAGCUGCCAAAGCGGCAUAUGAUCUGGAAACUAUAUCCCAAGUUAGCAUCAUAAACCGCCAAGCCUACCCCCUAUCGCGUCAGUUAGAUGCAGACGCGGGGAAGAUGGUACUCAACAAGAUUGAAGCCAUGGGAGUCCAAGUGCUCGUCAACUGUUCUCCCUCGGCGCUGCUCACCGGCGCCGCAGAUGAUGAAUCGGGAGAUAGAACUUUUACCGGGUUCACGCUACACGACGGAUCCAUCUUCAACGCUGAUCUAGUCAUUUUUGCGAUAGGUAUCAAACCCCGCGACGAGCUGGCGAAGAGCAGCGGCAUUGAGUGCCACCCCAGAGGCGGAGUUGUCGUCGGGGACGAUCUUCAGACCUCCGCAAAGGAUAUAUACGCGGUGGGCGAGUGCGCUAGCUGGAAGGGAAACUACUAUGGUUUAAUCGCUCCCGGAAUUGAAAUGGCUGAUAUCUUGACAUUCAACCUUACUCAGACCGAGUCUCAUGCUCCAAGGAAGAUGAAUGCCCCGGAUUUGAGCACCAAACUCAAACUCAUGGGAGUUGAUGUCGCCUCCUUCGGUGAUUACUUUGCGGAUAAACACGGUUCUCCCGAGACUCCGGUACUGGCCGUCGCCCUUGACAAUAAAUCAAAAUCGGUGGAUCCAGCCAAACCCGCCAUUGAACUUACCACGCAAGAAACAAGCACAACGGUUUCGGAGUCCAGGCCGCUUGCAUCGAAACGAGGGCGUGGUGCGGAUGAACCCAUCAAAUGCCUCGUUUACAAUGAUCCAUUCAGCUCGACAUACAAAAAAUACAUAUUUACUGCGGACGGUAAACACCUGCUUGGGGGUAUGAUGAUUGGUGAUGUCAGUGACUUUGUGAAGCUAGUGGCGAUCGUCAAAAAGAAGAAACCAUUGGACGUACCCCCUUCGCAGUUUAUCAUCGGUUCAAAAAAGGAAGGCGCUGACGAUGGGAAUGAUCUCGAUGAUGAUGCUCAAGUCUGUAGUUGUCACAACGUCUCGAAAGGCGAUAUAGUCAAAUGCGUUAAAGGCGGAGAAUGCACCGACGUUGGGAUCUUGAAGAAAAAAACGAAAGUCGGCACAGGGUGUGGUGGCUGCAUGCCUCUGGUCACUGGCAUCUACAACGCCGAGAUGAGAAAGGCCGGACACACUCUCUCCAAUAAUCUAUGCCCACAUUUCAACAUGGCGCGUGUCGACCUAUUCAAUAUCAUAAAAAUCAAACAACUUCGAACUUUUGCAGAAAUAAUGAAGGUCGUCGGGGUGAACAAUGACUCUAUCGGGUGCGAGAUAUGCAAGCCUGCGAUUGGCAGCAUUUUAUCAAGCUUAUAUAAUGAGCAUGUAAUGAAGCCCGAGCAUCAUCAAAACCAGGACACCAACGACCGGUACUUGGCUAAUAUUCAGAGAAAUGGGACUUUUAGCGUUGUUCCACGUAUCGCUGCGGGGGAAAUCACCCCGGAAGGACUCAUUGCUAUUGGCCAAGUCGCGAAGAAGUAUAAGUUGUAUACCAAGAUUACGGGAGGCCAGCGCAUCGACAUGUUCGGCGCGUUGAAAUCCGACCUUCCAGCCAUUUGGGGCGAGCUCAAUGCAGCCGGUUUUGAAAGUGGUCAGGCGUACGGCAAGAGCCUCAGGACGGUUAAAUCUUGCGUCGGGACUACUUGGUGCCGUUAUGGUGUCGGGGAUUCCGUCGGGUUGGCUAUUCAGCUGGAGAACCGAUAUCGUGGGGUUCGCAGCCCUCAUAAAUUCAAAGGCGGCGUUUCUGGGUGUAUCAGGGAGUGCGCGGAAGCGCAAAGCAAAGAUUUUGGCGUUAUUGCCACGGAUAAGGGGUGGAAUAUUUUCGUGGGUGGUAACGGCGGUGCGAAUCCUCGACAUGCAGAGCUCUUCGCGAAGGACGUUCCACCCUCGAAAGUGAUCAGGAUCAUCGACCGAUAUCUCGCUUAUUAUAUUAUGACUGCGGAUAGACUUCAGCGCACCGCCAGGUGGAUUGAGAGCAUGGAUGGUGGCAUUGAGAAACUUCGCAAAGUAAUUCUUGAGGAUGAGCUCGGGAUAUGCACCGACUUGGACGCGCUCAUGGAUAAUCUGGUGAAUUCAUAUGAAGAUGAGUGGGCAGCUGUCGUCAAAGACCCUGCAAAACGCCAGCAGUUCAAACAAUUCGUCAAUACGGAAGAACAACGUCCACAAGCAGAGCUGAUCGAUCAACGUGGCCAGAUGCGACCUGCCGACUGGCCCAAGGCCACCCCCUCUACCAAGUUUUCCCCAGACCAAUUAAUCACCCCUAAGAGCGAGUGGAGGUGGACCAAGGUCGCUUCAAAAAGGGACAUGAUGUCAUCGGAAAACGGAACCACCAGCGUUGCUGUUUUAUAUGGUGACACACAACUCGCCGUUUAUCAUGUCCCCAAACGAGGGUAUUAUGCUACUCAACAAAUGUGCCCGCACCGUCGCGCGUUCGUCCUAGACCAUGGUAUCGUCGGUGAUACGCCGACUGGUGAACUUUAUGUCUCUUGCCCGCUACACAAGCGGAACUUUAGUCUCACAUGUGGGAAAGGCUUGAGCGACACCGAGUAUGAUAUCCUUGCGUUCCAGGCCCGCGAGGAUCCCGAAAACGAGAAUGAUAUUCAACUAUUCCUUCCGCCGAAGCAGGACAUUGAUGCUGUUCUUGGGACGGAAAAGUGGGUAGUAAGGCAGGCUGAGUCAGAGGCCCUUGAGUUGAACGGAACGACGGAAAUUGAGUUCGUUGGAAUCAAAGAAGGUAGCCACCUAUGCGGAGACCCUAAAUUAGAGUGGUAGUAAUCGCUCAAAAAACGCAACAUAUUUCAUAUUUCAUUUUAUCCUCAUCCUC